GGCGCAGCACACGACAAGACGUCUGUUUCAAACGAAGAAAAGAUAUUAGCAAGGAUAAAAAAGUGGUAGGUUCUCGCCUCCUACUGUGUUGUUGUCGAUUUUCGUAAAGAGCUACACACGAGAUCUGGGGCGAAGCGAAAACAUAUAAAAAUCUCGUCAAGACAGAGAGGGUAGAACGGCCUCUUCCGUAUCACCGCCAUCAUGAAGGAGAUGAACGCUUCUGACGAUGGAAGCCGUCAACGUAUGCGACGAAUACCGUGGGAAACGGGAACAAGGUCGGGCCGGUGAUAUUCGGCAAAAGCCGGCAUGCUCUGACCUCUUACCCUCUUUUAAAAAAUCGCGAGCUCGUCGUCUCGCUCUACGAUGCCGAGCAUAUUCUCGAGGUCGAAGUCGUCCUCGACAACGCAGAAGAAUCUCCGACUCGACACGACUACUGACGAAUUCGGACGAGUGUCGUCAAGGUCGUCACAGUCGCCAUUGUCACCACCAGACGGAUUUCUACCAUUCACGCUCGACAGACCGCGCGAUGCCACGGAGAAUGACUACGGGUACCUCGCGUAUGAGAGGCACGUCGUACUUGGCCUCGAGCAGGUCUCGCACCUCGUCGACGUCGUCAGCGAGGAAUUGGGUACCCGUGGGGGCAUAACGACGCCUUUUAUAUUCUCCUCCAUGGCGCUAGACCUGUCCUCGACGUCCACCAAACGACUCAUACGAACUUUUAUUGACGCCUGCGCCGACCCUGGCUCAAAACAACAUCGGUUCCGGGAAGAGGCCCGGUUUGCGGGGCCGCAUGAGCUAGGAAUGCUGUUGCGAUGGGGACUCGGUCGUCUGGUACGGAUUGUUGAUGGACAGGAGGAGCGCGGUCUUAUUUCUUGGGACCAUUAUACUGAUUUUCGAGAUUCAGAGCUCGCAGCAAAUUUCCCUCCUACCCAUUUCUCGACGUUCCUUCCACCAUUACCUGCCCAUCUGCGCUCCAUAGUCAUCACGGUGCUCAGUGUCCUCACACGAUUGACGGCGAACUCAUCGACGUCGGGACACACGCCACCGACGCUUUCCCCGUUGUUCGGGCCCCUCUUCUUCGGCCUGGGCCCGCCGGCACUGCCUUUCCAUCAUACCUACGUCUAUUAUCUACGAGCCACGAACGCCAUGGAACACAUCAUUCUCUCCUUCAUUCGCUUCCAGGAUACUCCAAGGGCAUCGUCUGCGUCAAUGGGUGUCCCUACGCGACUGAAGGAGUGGAUAAAGGGAUAUCCAAUCAUGCUUGCCGAUCAGUCGUUGAGACCGCAACCACGCAAAGGCGCUCGCACUUACCGUGUCCUCAGUGUUCGCCGUAACGUGCGAACGUAUACGAAGGAUCUCGUCAAAUCUGCCUCGACAUGGGAGUGUAAUCUGGGCAAAAUUGUCGGUAAAUCACCCGUCAAGUACUCCGAUGGUUAUAGGAAACGCAUGGAUAUGCCGUCUCAGUUUGAAGCAGGUCAAGAAGACGGUGACCGGUUUCGGAGCCUCACCGAUCUAAAAUGGGGGGAAUUCGAGUCGCUGGGAUUUGGCGGUUUGGGUCAAGAAAAGUUGCAGUUUGAUUUGAACGAGAGUGCCAGAACAGCACGGAGCACUAAACGACAAACACUCAGCUGGAACGACUUCUCAUCCACGGGAUUCACAAGAUCAGAUGUAACGCCUCUCAGUGCGACGUUGCAGUUCUCGCCUCCAAUGUCGGCCACGAUCUCCUCUUAUCAGCCAGCCGAAUACGCCAAGAAGCUGAAAAAGGCCGCAAAGCAUAUACCGGCGUUUGGAUGGGAUACCGAACCCGUUGUAGGACAGGAAGAAGUGAUCGAGGAAGCCUUUUUAGACGUCUUCUGUGACAUUUUCUGUGGAUGGGCUGGCGUAUCAGAGAUUGGCGAGGCUGAACGAGAAUGUAACUGGGCCCUGGUAUGUUCCUUUGUCUACCGUAUAUAUUCUACUCAAGCUUUGCUUCAGAUUGAGUUUCAACCAGACGCCCUACUUCUAUUCGAAGAAUUUGUUCCCCUGGAAUAUCGGCAGCAGAUAAGUUCCUCGUCUUCUGGAUCGAGCCGAAGACGUCUUCCAUCGCUAUUUUCGCCGACAUCAACGUCGCCAAAGAUGAAGUCGAAGUCGAAGAAAGACAAGACUGAGCGGUCGAAGCCCAAGGCGCUGAGCCCAAAGGCUUCGUUCAAAGAGGUCGAGUUUGAGGGCUUGUUGAGGGGUGAUGGCAACCGGAAGACGAAAGUUAUCACUCUUGGAUCGAAGGAAACGCAUACUACAACGAUCGGCUCCCCGAGUGAAGUCGAACCUCCUCCUCCUAUGUUGCAAUCGCUGAGUCAUCAGUCCUCCACCAGAAGUGACGAUUCCUCUUUGACCGCGAGCACGGUCGGGGGUACACCCUCAAAUAGGCGCCGGUUUCGAUUAGGCGGUUCGGGGACUCCCACGAAUGGUGGCUCUGUUAUGGGACGAAAGUCGCUUAUUGGCGGCCUUCCUCCUGCUGAGUACAGCAGUGUGGAUUUUGAGACACGUCUGGCGAGCCUCGAUGGGGAAGACGUAUACGAGGACUACCCGCCUGUAGACGGUAUGCCAAAGAAACGCGAAGUUGCUGACGAUGCGUGGGUGGACAUCUUGGUCGGGAGUCAAGAACGGCGUAUGGCUGGCCAGGAGUAUGGUGGGCGAGGGAAGGACAGAGGAGAGGAUGUUGAUCUCGUCAGUCUCGAAGUGCAGAAGGCGCUUAAGGGCGUCAGAAAGAUGAGCCAGAGCCCGGAGAGCCAGCGAACGGAGAAAGUUCCUGUAAGGGAUGAAGAGGAGGAGUCUAUUGAAGUCGAGAGGGUUCCCUCGAGGCUGGCUAUGAAUGACUAUGUCGACGACCCUCGACAUCCGCAGUACUAUGACGAUUCGCUGGAUUAUGAUGCAGAUGGCCCUUCGAUGACUGAACAGUCAAUUCAAUCGCUCCAUUACGAUCAACAUGAGUCCGAGGAUGACGAACCAGAGCCAGUGUUGGAGGCAGAGGAGGAGAAAGAGGAACCGCCACCCCGACCUAUACCGCCCAAACGACCAGGAUACUUUGACCUUCAUCCGGAACGACGACCUGUAGCGAAUCUCAAUGGCGACGGCGAGGACCCUCGAGCUAGGUUUGGGCACGAUAGCGAUUCUGAAGACGAACUCCUAGGGCCAGGUGUUCGGCCGCUCCCCAGAGUUCCGCCCAUUAUCAACCUCGAUGAGCAGCCCUCACCCUCGACUGCGCCGUUGAAGGUUCCCAACAAGACUGCUGCGUUGAUUGAGAUGUACCGAGAGCGGGAGCGGAAUGGGGCCUCGCAGGUUACUCCUCCGAGGGUGUUGCCUACUCCCGUGGUCGCGCCGCCGAAGAUUGUUACGAUACCAGCGCAGGAGGAGGCGGAAGAGGAGAAGGAGGAGGAAGUACCGCCACCGCCACGUGUACCUAUUAUUGAUGAAGAUCAGGGCCGCGCGAGUCCGGGGCGGUAUGUGCAUGGUGCCCCAUUGCAUAACGUAUUGGAGGAAGAAGAGGAAGAGUAGAUUUUGGUGGUGGUGCGUGGAAUUAUAUGUGUCCCUCCCCUUUUGUUUCGAUUGUUUCUUUAUGCUUGCUCCCUCAUUUUUUUUUCACUUAUUAUACCCCCCCUCCCCCUCAUAUACAACACUCUCACACACACAUACUCAGGAAUUCCGCCUCCGGUUACAAGGAGCCGGACUCUGAAUUUAUAUGUAUAUCCACCGAGUCACUCGUUACUACCUAGUCCGUUUCUUUUUUUUUGGUUUAUUCCAUCCAUUAUCAUGAUCAUUACUAUCUUUCAAUCCAUAUGUUAGUCCUUCCGUAUUGACUUGGCUCUUUUUUCGUUAAUCUGGGCAUUAUGUCGAUUUAACGAGGUUGAAUUCAAGUUGUUAAAUAGAUGAGGGUGGUACCCUAGCCGGAACCGGUGUUCCGUUCCGAUAG